AUGUCGCGUGAGUACACAGUGACUGACACGGAAUCAUGGAUCGAACUAACCCCUCAGAAAGGCGAUGUCCUGGAGUGCGAUGUACCGGAGUAUUUCAGCUUCAAGGACCCAGAGAAAGCCACCUUCAAAGUAGUCUCCACAGACGUGACCGAGGAUGGAGGCUUCGCAGUGAGGGUCACGUCCCUUGGAAGCGAGGACUCAGAGCUUUCCAAGAAACUCAGCAACACUUUCAACCGCAGACCAGGGUACCUUCACCUGUGUGGAGCCAUGGGCGUGUGCAACACUGGAGGGGAGUGUGCUUUCCAUGUUACAGCUCUGACCACAUAUCCGGCGUCUGGGCCAUUGCCCCCAUACGUUUCAACCUUCGCAAAAAGGCAGUUAAAGGAUGCUCAGGUAGAUGCUCCUUCUCGCAAACGCUCAAGCCCAGCUACUCCCAAGUCCUCAGCGGCGGCUCCAAGGAGGCGGUCGAACGCCGACAAAGGCAAGGGCACAGGUCUUCCGCAGGGAGGCAGCUUGUCUGCUGGCAAUUGCCGGGCAGCGCCGCCCGCGCCCAAGCCCGACGCUGUCGUGCACGAGACCUACCUGCCCAGCGAACCUCGCGGGAGCUUGGCCCUUGGGAGCGAAGAAGUGGCAGGCUUAAAGGCCCGUUUGUCUGCUCUGAAGGCUCGCGAGUUGGGGCAACCAGCUUUAGGCGACCGACGAGUCCAUUUCAAGGAAGAUGCCGCCCACGAGGGCGCAUGCGUGGAGGUCCCUCACCAGGACAGAGGCCUUCCAGCCCGGGGAGUGCUGGCUCACUCAGAGGAGCCAUGGGUCAAGGCAGGGGCUCAGGCCAGCAGCUCCCGCAGCGCGACGUUGGAAAAGAUAGCGAAGAAGCGAGGGCUGAGUGGCGUGCUUGUCGCCCAAGCGGCAGAGGCCGUGACAAGGAAGACAAGCAGCGAAAAGAGAGGAGAAGCCAAGAAGCAGAAAAAGAAGGACGAGGGGCCAGCCAAGGCGUUGCUCACCUUGCUGGUAGGGAAGAAGAAGAAGAAAAAGAAGAAGGAGCAAAAGAAGAAGAAGGCGAAGAAGGGAGAAAGGAGAGUGCGACGCACUGCUGGGGGAGAUGGCGACUCGGGAGGCAGCGACGACUCAUCAGACUCCACCACUUCAAGUUCUUCCGAGGAGAGCGAAGACGAAGAAGAAGAGGAACAGGUUGGUCGCCUCCAGCCCCCGCUGAAAAGGAAGUCAGAUCGACGCCCAGGCAGUGUCCUGGCUUUGCUACUGCAGAGAGUCGAGGAGCAGAUGGCCGAUGUUCACGGAGAUCGGGAAGAGGCAAUCUCCAUCACGGAGGGUUCUCGACUCCUCUCGUACUUCACGGUGAUCCUUCGCCCGGCGCACUACGCGACCUCCAAGGAGAUGCGGGAGCUCCACAUGCUGUCGAUUGUCCUGGAUCAGCUCCGGCAAGGGCUCUUGGGGCGAGCAACAGACACCCUUGCAGCAAGGUACCUGUCUUUGCUUCAGUUCUUGCAAGACGGAGCGUGGGAUGCAGCACAAUGGUUGGAAAUCCACCCGCAAGUCAACUCUGCGGGGCCCCCGCCGGAACUGCAGUUGGCAGCGCGGCGUCACGCGCGGCUGGUGGACAGAUCGCUGGGCAGGCCGUCCGGGCGAGGAAGGUGGCAGCCCAGUUUCCUCCAAAGUGGUCAAGGCGAUUGGCAGGGGGGAGCCUUCCGCAGUCGAGACCCCAAGGGCAAGGACAAGAAAGGAAAAGGAAAAAGUGCAGACAAGACAGUGGCGAGCAAGAGAGGAAAAGGCCGCGGCUCCGGGGGCUGGGGCAGCUCGGACAAGGUGUGGGAGAAAGGUGCAGCAGACAGGCGCUGGGAUGCCAACAAGCCGAAGGAGGAUUAG